GCAAAAACACAUGAGAAAGAAAAUGAACAAAGAGAAAGUAGACAAAUUGCAAGUGUUAAAAGAUGCUAUAAGAAGUUAUCCUAAUUUUCCUUUGCCUGGAAUUAUUUUCCGAGAUAUAUUUGGCGUGUUUAAUGAUAUCAAAGCAUUAAGGAUAAUGAGAGAUUUAAUUGUUGAACAUAUCGCACCUCUCCAAGUUGAUUUGGUUGUGGGAUUAGAUUCUCGUGGUUUCCUUUUUGGUCCUAUUAUUUGUAUGGAGCUGGGCAAACCUUUCUUACCCGUUAGAAAACAGGGUAAGCUUCCAGGCAAGGUUGCGCAGCAAAAGUAUACGUUGGAAUAUGGUGAAGCUGUAUUUGAACUGCAAACAGAUUUUAUUGACAAAGAAAGCAAAGUACUCAUUGUUGACGAUUUGUUGGCAACUGGAGGUACCAUGUCUGCAGCUGUUCAAUUAGUGAAAUCCACGGGAGCUGAAGUGAUUGAAUGCUUGGUGAUAAUAGAAUUAACUUCUUUGAGAGGCCGAGAUAAGCUUCCUGGGAUUCCUGUUCAUUCCUUUAUACAAUACGACGACUAACAGAAUAGUUGUGAAUUUACAAGUACAAGCAAUUGACAUCUAAAUAAACAAAUGUAAGCGAUUUAAAAAUUUAUUGUCACUACUGAAAAAUCUGUAAUAUACAAAACUGCAGAUUGUCAAGUUGGCAAUGAAUUUUGAAUACAGCCAUAGUGGUAAAAAAAAAAAAAUGCAAUUGUUACUACUAUCACAUUCUUGCUAUGCAAGAUAGCGUUGAAAGUACAAAUAUUUUUAUAUGAGAUACAUAUGUUGUACUAUGUAAAAUGCAGAAAGGUACAAAGAUAUAAUUGUAAAGAUAUUGAAUAAAAUUAAUUAAUAACGAA